ACUCAAUCCUAUAGCAUUUGUUUCACUCGCCAAGUUCCCUCGUGUUCUAGCCUAUUACAUAUCUACUUCUCACCUUAGCCAACAACAUGAUGAUGCAGACAGCCUACUCAGAACUCAAUGUCUCUGAUUCUGUUUCAGAUAUCCUCGGUACGCUACAAAAUAUCAUCGCACGCUCGAUUAAUCCAGUCCUUGAAACUCCGUACUCCAGAUUCCCCAAUACCGACCACUCUACCAUCGAGCUCGAACGUCAGAGCGUUAUCAACAUCAUCGCUCGGCGCCAGCAGCAAUUGGAUACAGUCCUGUACGAGCUCUUGGGCCUGGAGGCCGUGAUAGAUAGCGUUGUCAGCAUCAUCGCUGAGCGCCGGCAGCAAUCGGAUGCAGUUCUGGACGACACCUCAGAUCUGGAGGCCGUGAUGGAUAGCGUCAAAAAUCAUCAUCAGCAAGUCGUCGAAAAGAAGGAGAAGAUUAUGCAGUCGAUGAAUCUGCACAAGGGACUCCUAUCGGCUCUCUGGUGCUUGCCAACAGAAAUUUUAUCCCAAAUAUUUAACCACUGUCUCCCUGAAAACAUAUUUUUUCUAUCCCCGUUGAGCCUCCCAGUUAAAGCCCCUAUACUGUUAACAAGAAUAUGCCGACGAUGGAAGGAGGUUGCUGUGGGUACGCCUGGAUUAUGGUGCCGGUUGUAUGUGGAAGCCGAUGACAAAGACAUGCUGAAGGCAGCUUUCUGCUAUGACUUGUGGCUCAAGCGUUCACGAGGACGUCCACUCUCGUUAGAACUUGGGUACUACUACUGGACCAAACUACGAAGCCUUCUUCGGCCUUACAUGAGUCAAAUCACAUCUCUUCACGUCCAUCAUGUUGAUUACUUCCGUGGCAGACACCCUCAGCUAUUUGCUACAGACCUCCCAGUACUUCAGGAGCUAGCCAUACGACUCGGAGAGAUGUCAAAUGAUGAUAUUCCAACUAUUGCACAAUCCAUCUCGCAACUGCCGUCGACUAUGCGCAGUCUCAAGUUCACUCCUUAA